CGGUCGUCUCGCGUUCUCCACCUCCUUCUUAGGUCGGUGCCUCGUUCCCACCUACCAUUCCCUUCGCAACCACCGCCGUUCGCGAGGAGAAACACCCACUCGCCAGCCGUCAUCACGCGGUCUCCGGCGUGGGACGCCUUUGGAAGGGGGAGUCCGGCGACCAAAGGCCAACGACCGGCUUCAAAGAAUACAUCCUUUCACUACAAGCACUCUGGAAGAAAGCCUGGUUGAGCUCCUGAAGUUAAUUCUAAGAAGGAUAUGGCACAAUCAUGUCUCGAUAAACAAAGAAAGCAACCUAGUUCAUCAAAAUGUAAAAUGACAGUUGUUAGUAAAGCAACAACCAAAGGAUGCAAAAACUUGGACUUGAAGAAGCUUUCUUUAGAUCAUCCAGAUCUCACCGACAAUGAGCCCCCUAGGAAGCAACCAAGGAGAAGUGAACAUCCUGUUCAUCUUCCUUCUGCUGAAAUCUUUGAAGAUUUCAGGUCUGCUAACACGUGGAUCUGUAAGAACUCAGCCUGUAAGGCUGUCCUUUCCUCAGAGGAUACAUUCUGCAAAAGGUGCUCAUGUUGCAUCUGCCACCUCUUUGAUGACAACAAGGAUCCUAGUCUUUGGUUAGUCUGCACAUCUGAAUCUGGUGAUAGGGACUGCUGUGGAUUGUCUUGUCAUAUUGAGUGUGCACUCCAGUGCCAAAAGGCAGGAGUUUUCAGUCUUGGACAAUUUAUGCUGCUUGAUGGGAGCUACUGUUGUGCUUCUUGUGGAAAGGUUUCUGGAAUAAUAGGAUGCUGGAAGAGGCAACUUGCAGUGGCAAAAGAUGCUCGUCGGGUGGAUGUCCUUUGUUAUCGCAUUUUUUUAAGCUAUAGGCUUCUGGAUGGCACUUCUCGCUUUAAAGAAUUGCACCAGACCGUGGAGGAAGCGAAGGCAAAGUUAGAAACAGAAGUUGGUCCAGUGGAUGGAGUAUCAGCCAAGAUGGCCCGUGGCAUUGUGAGCAGGCUGUCCAUUGCUGCCGAUGUUCAGAAACUCUGCUUUGCUGCAAUUGAGAAGGCAGAUGAAUGGUUAAGAUUGAGGUCAACUGGUCAUUUAGAGGAAAAUCACAAAGAUUCACUUCCGGCUGCCUGUAGGUUUCAUUUUGAAGAAAUAUCAUCAUCUUCUCUUGUAAUUGUUUUGAAGGAGGCUUCUUCAACAUUUGAUGCCAUCAAAGGUUAUAAGUUCUGGUACUGCAAGACCAGAGAUCAACCAUAUAAGAAAGAGCCUGUCAUCUUCCCAAGAGCUCAGAGAAGGAUUUUAAUUACAAACCUCCAGCCAUGUACAGAAUAUGCCUUCCGGAUUAUCUCAUUCACAGAGGAUGGGGAUUUUGGUCACUCUGAGUCGAAGUGUUUUACUAAGAGCGUGGAGAUCAUCAACAAGCAUAUGGAGAAUAAUGGGGCAGAAGGGUGUUCCUCCAGUGACAAGCAAGAAGGGAAGACACCAGUUGCCAGAUCCUCUGGAUUUAAAGUUCGGAAUCUAGGAAAGAUAUUGCGGUUAGCUUGGGCGCAGGAAGAUGGGUGCUAUGAUGGGUUUUACGAUGAUAAUGUUCAAGAGGAGUCAUGUGGUGGGAGUGGUGAAGUGAUAGCAGAGGUUGUCGAAGCAGCGCCUGCCACUUCACGCCGGCUUGAUUUGAAUGUGGCCACAGUUCCUGAUUUAAAUGCUGAGGCAACUCCACCCACUGAAUGCUCUCCUGAGGAGGAAAAUGCAUGCAGCUCUGAGAAGAAUGAAUUAGCCAGAUCUAAUGGAAGUGAUGAUUCCCAGACUUGUGCAGCAACAUUGGUCCACGAAGUGCCUGCUGUGGAAUCUCGACCUGAGUGUGAGGAACAACCAGCUGAGGAAACUUGUGAGGGAGAUAGCACUUUGGUCAGUGGUUCACCUAGGCGAUUCCAACAUAGGUUGGGUCAGUUGGAUGACAAUUAUGAGUACUGCGUGAAGGUGAUAAGAUGGCUGGAGUGUUUGGGGCACAUUGAAAGUGAUUUCCGCAUGAAGUUCUUAACAUGGUUUAGCUUGAGGUCAACCGAGCAAGAACGCAGGGUGGUACUUACAUUCAUCCAUACACUUAUUGAAGAGCCCAGCAGUUUGGCAGGGCAGUUGCUGGAUUCAUUUUCAGAAAUUGUUACCUGCAAGAGACUGCGCAGUGGUUUCUGUAGUAAGCUGUGGCACUAAUGUGAAAACCUGGCUCAAGAGUUUUGGCUGCUCUUCCUCUUGUCCUCUUAACAUUUAUUAAAGAGGUCCAUCCAUAUCGGUUUCUUUGAUUAUUUAUCAUACAGGUUGUUACUAUCGGCACUCGCUAACUUGGAAACACUAACAUCAUCUGUCUACUACCAUUUCAAUGAGUGUCCACUUUGGCAGUUGUCCUCCGUUCAGGGAACUACUGAAGGUGAUGCCAGUGACAGUUUGCUUAGGUGGGGUCCUCGUGGAGUUGGCUACAUCAUAACCAACAAAUGCAACCAUUUGAUGUUGCUGUUUGUUCCUUGUCGACCAAUCGGAGGUUCGUAGUUCGUAGUGCUUUCGUUGUUAAAAAGUCGGAUCCAUAUUCAACUUGCAGCGAUCAUCUAUAUACACAGAUUUGUUGCUCCUGCUUGCCCAAUAUAUUAGCUGGUUUAUGUUGUAAAAGGUAGGAUUGUGAAGACAGAAUGAUUCCAUACACUGUCAUAGUGGUAGCAUGGUUUAUCUUCCAA